AUGGCAAUGGCUCUUUCUAAUUAUUGGAUUGUUUUUCAAACACUUCUUUUACUUUCAACGCUUUACAGAUAUGAAGCAAACUGUACAGCCUUGGAAAAUACUGCAAAUGGUAUAGAUUUAACUGGCACAUGGAAAUGCAACGAUGGUGGAUUAUAUUAUAUCCGACAACUGAGUAAUACAGUGUGGUGGUCUGGUGUACAGCAAGUUCCAUCUGGAUACAGCGUAGGAUUUUCGAAUGUUCUUUAUGGAACGAUUCAGUCUUCAAUAAUUAACGCGCAAUGGUGUGAUGUUCCAUUUGGGCGAAAUCGCUUGAAUGGUUCUAUUGCAGUAGAGAUCAUUAGUGCCACUGAAUUAAGAAAAAAAUCUUUCACAGGAGGAUUCGGUGGUUCAAUAUGGAACAAACAAUAA